AUGUUAUUAUCUAAAUAAAAUUAUGAUGAUUUUUAAUAAUACAACAUUCACAAAACAAUCAAAUAGGAGCAGUUCCAAAUAAAAUAAAUGAAACAAGAAGUUAUGAAGACUUCACUUGAAGAAUAGAGACAAAUAUAAGAGGAGGCAAAAAGAAGAAAUUAGGAAUUAAGACAAAAGGAAGACACUGACGAAAUUUAGAGAAUCUAAUUACUCAACAAAGAGAUGGCUGAUCAAUAAAAGUAAAAAAAACUAUAAACAAAAGAGUCCUUAUCUAAAAAAUAUUCAGAAAUUAUAGAUUAAAGAAACUUAAUUGUGAAUUAAAAAGUAAAACAAUUUGCUUAUAUCUAUAGAAAAGCGAAGAUUUAAACAUUGAAAAUCAAAUUAUUGAUAGUGCUUAAAAGGCUUUACAAGAAGAAAGAUAAAAUCAAUUGCAAAAAAGACUUAUACAAAAACAAAUUUAUGAUGAAUAAAUGAAACUUGUAGAAGAAAAAAAGUAGAAAGAGAGAUUAAAUAGGGAUUAAGAGAGAGUAUUAUUUUAGGAAUAUGCCAUCAAAGAUUAACAAAGGAUUAUUUAAUAAGAAGAAGAAUAUAAAAAAGUAUUCGUUCACACUAUUCAUUAGUAUUAUCAAAGAUUAGCUGAAAGAAAUGAGCAUUUGUAGGAUAUUUAUAGGAAAAAUGUAGAUGAUCCCAAAUCCUCUUUAGACUACAUCAUAAAUAAAUAAGUGAAAGAAAAGUUCGAUAGAGAAUAAGAGGAAAUAAAUACUAAAAGAUAGAAUGAUAAACAACUUAAAGAUUAAUACUUGAACACAUUAUCAUUAUAAUUAAAAGAAAAGGAAUAGAGAAGAAAGGAUCAAGAAAUUCUGUCUACUUAAAAUAAAUAAGAAAUAAGAAAAGCAGCUGAGAGCUUUAAUGAUGAACAAUAAUAGGAGAGGAGAAAAAAAAGAGAUUAUCAAUCUUAAUAUUAUGAUUAAUUAUCUAGUUUGGUAUUAAUUACAUUCUAUCCAAACAUAGGGAAAUGGCUAAAAUCAAUAGGACAAAUUGAUUGACAAUUUAAGUUUACAAUAGUCUUAGGUUUAUAAUCCACUAACAAAUCCAAAUCCAAAUUAAAUUCAGAAUCCCUAUAUACUGAGACAACUUGGACUUAACAAAUAGAAUCAUCUCUAGUCCCCUCAGCAAAGUUAAUCUAAACUGGCUUAGUUAGGAUAAAGCAGCCUGUUCAAAUGAGAUAUAUGUUUA